CUUCAGACUUCACUGUGUCCUCAACUUCUCAUCAUGGCCUGUCGAUUUGGAUCUCCAGAUCUUGUCACAUCGUUAUCUAGCACUGCUGCAUCACCAACCUUUGCCUUCGAUGCUACAAACAUCAAUUACUUUGGCGUAGCAGGAAGUUUCACCUCGAAUAAUGGCGCUGCAUGUUCCUUCCCAACCCGCUAUGUCGCGCAACAAAGGACCUCUACUUACGCUAUCACACCUAUCAUUGUCACUGCAGGGCGCACCACAACAUGCUCGGUCCUGGCACCUCCAUCUAUCACGGCGAGCGCAAGUGGUUCUACCACUUACUCUGGCUUUGAAUGUCCCAGCAUCAUUGACAACCAGUUUGCAGCUGGGACUUACACCUUGAGAUUCAAUCAGCCAAAUGUUGCUGGUGUUCCUGCAAUCUCGUCGCGCACUUUUGUUGUUGCUUCACCCACCUUCAGCACCGAUCGUACUACGACGACAGUCGAAACGACUGUAACCCCCUCGGCCAUUUCGGAUGUUAUCAUUACUUACCUCAGCACUUCCACACUGACCCUUCCCGGCCCCACGGCCGCUGACCAAACAGUCACGCAAACAAUCAGCGGUACUAUAACUGCUACUACCACUGUGACGGAUCUUGUCAGCUCUUGCGCUAGUUCCACCGAUAUCUCUAGCACUGUGUUAGCAUCAUCCACUUCCUCUUCAGCAGCUAGCACUCCAACUACCAGCCUGCCUACCUCUGGAGAUGGUCAAUGUGGCUCGACAACUGGCCAGACCUGUGCGGGUUCCAUCUGGGGAAAUUGUUGUUCUUUGUAUGGAUUCUGCGGAGGUACAGACAUAUACUGUCUGACUACAGAGGGAUGUCAACCUGGCUACGGAGAAUGCAUUGCGCCUUCAUCUGUGUCUAGUGUUUCUCCUCCCUCACCCACGUCUACUGAAAAGGUCUCGCUCGAUGGUACCUGUGGUGGAGAGAACGGCUACGUAUGCCCUGGUAGCGGUCUAGGAGACUGCUCAUACGGCUGGUGCGGCUCAAGUGAAUUGCAUUGCGGCGCAGGCUGCCAGAACGCCUUCGGGGUUUGCUCUGGCCCAACGCCUACUGGUACGGCACCUUUGCCUACCUCCACUCUCAGAGUCUCUCUUGAUGGAUCUUGCGGCGGUACUACAGGGCAAACCUGUUCAGGAAGCACCUUCGGACCGUGUUGCUCGGAAUUCGGCUGGUGUGGUAGCGAAGCGCUCUACUGCACCGGUGCCUGCCAGCCGACGUUUGGAACGUGCAGUGCUACUACUGCAAAGCGAUCGGCGCUUAAGGGAAACCUUCGUGCGGCACCUUUCGCUGCUGUGAAGCGCUCGGCAGGUCAGGUGCUAGGCCGGCGCGCCAUUGGAGGUGCUGGUCCUGACUUUACCUACCCACCCAUCCCGCGUACGACUAUCACAUCCACUACCACGCAAACUAUAACCUUGAUCUCAACAGUAGGGGGCACAACUACGAUUUCGAGUAUACUAACCACGACAACAAUUCUGCCGCUACCGGGAAGCACCGUGUUGACCACCACUACGUUGCUGAUCCCUGUAACGACUGGAACAGUGCGUUUGACUCAGACCGUGAACGUACAUUUAGCCUUGCUCGAAAACACGACUUGA